AUGGCGGACGUAAUCACCGAAGGAAUGGCCAAGCUCCAGCUGGAUGAAGAAACAGGGGAUUUGGUCUCUAAGGCCGAAUUGAAGAAAAGAUUGGCAAAACGUGCGAAGAAAGCAGCACAAGCAAAAGCGAAAUCAGAAGCACCAUCCAAAGAAGCUGCGGCCUCCAAGCCUAAGAAAGUAGAAGAGACUAAAGCAACAGAACCAUCAAAUGUCUUUACCCAGGGAUUUCUCUCAGAGGUGUACAAAGAGCGUCCUGUCAAACCAAUCUUCACUCGAUUUCCGCCCGAGCCUAAUGGAUACUUACAUAUUGGUCAUGCCAAAGCUAUUGCAAUCAACUUUGGAUUUGCUAAACAUCAUGGCGGCCAGUGCUAUCUGAGAUUCGACGACACCAACCCUGAAGCAGAGGAAGAGAAAUAUUUCACAGCUAUAAAAGAGAUGGUAUCAUGGUUAGGCUUCACACCUUAUAAGAUCACACAUUCAAGUGACAAUUUCGAUAAACUCUACGAGAAAGCAGAAGAGCUCAUCAACCUAGGGGGAGCUUAUGUCUGCCAUUGUGGUGAUGCCGAAAUCAAAGCCCAGCGAGGAGGCGAGGCACGAGGUCCGAGAUUCAGAUGCGAGCAUGCAAACCAAUCCAUUGAAGAAAAUUUGAGAAAAUUCAGAGCUAUGCGAGAUGGCGAAUACAAACCUAGGGAGGCUUUCUUGCGCAUGAAGCAGAACAUUGAAGAUGGAAACCCUCAGAUGUGGGACCUGGCAGCUUAUCGAGUCUUGGAUGCUAAACACCAUUUAACGGGAGAUAAAUGGAAGAUAUACCCAACAUACGACUUCACUCAUUGUCUUUGUGAUAGUUUUGAGAACAUCACACACUCGCUCUGCACCACUGAGUUUAUCUUAUCCAGAGUAUCAUACGAAUGGUUGAAUAGUACUUUGAAGGUAUACGAACCAAUGCAGAGAGAAUAUGGUCGAUUAAGCAUUACGGGCACUGUUCUUUCGAAGAGAAAGCUCAAGAAACUUGUGGAUGAUAACUAUGUGAGGGGCUGGGAUGACCCAAGACUAUACACAUUGAUUGGAAUCAAAAGACGCGGUGUACCCCCAGGAGCCAUCCUUGAGUUCAUUAAUGAAUUGGGAGUAACGACAGCUCCUACCAAUAUCCAGCUCGCUCGUUUCGAUCAGACUGUUCGUAAGUACUUGGAGCUCACAGUCCCUAGACUUAUGUUGGUUCUGGACCCUAUACCUGUAGUUAUCGAGGAUGCCGAAGAGUUGGAACUUGACAUACCAUUUUCAUCUAAAGUACCUGCGAUGGGAGGCCACAAGGUCAAGUUGACCAAAACUGUUUACAUUGAGAGAAGCGAUUUCAGAGAGGUUGAUAGCAAAGAUUACUUCCGUUUCGCUCCUGGAAAAUCCGUCGGUCUACUACACGUUCCAUACCCAGUCAAGGCAGUCUCAUUUUCCAAAGAUGGAGACAAGGUCACAGAAAUUCGUGCCGUCUACGAUAGAGAAGGCAAGAAGCCAAAGACUUACAUUCAUUGGGUUGCAGAGGGCUCAAAGAAUGUUGAAGUCAGAAUAUUCAAUUCCCUUUUCAAGAGCGAGAAGCCAGAUGACGCCGUAGGUGGCUUCCUGAAUGAUAUCAAUCCAGAUAGCGAGGAAGUCUGGCCUAACGCUGUCAUUGAGUCUGGAUUUGAUGAAGUACGAGGACGAGCUCCAUGGCCAGAAGCUGCCGGAGAGUCAGAGCUUGGGAAGGGAGGUCCCGAAUCCGUCAGAUUCCAAGCUAUGCGUGUCGCAUAUAUGGCAAUGGACUCGGACUCAACUGAUGAUAAGAUUAUACUGAAUCGUAUUGUCAGCUUAAAGGAGGAUGCUGGAAAAUAG